AUGGCCGAAGCUCAUCCCGAAAACAUGAAAGCUUGGCUGUACACUGGCACAAGCGGUGGUCUGGAGAAGAAUCUCGAGCUCAAAUACUCCAUCCGCGCACCACCUGUCCCCCGCACCAAUGAGGUGAUCGUCAAAGUUCUUUCCGCCGGCUUGAACCCAGCGGACUUCAAAGUCCCCGAAAUGGGCAUCGCUGCCACCCAUCUAGUGAUUGGGAUGCCCGCUACUCCCGGCAUGGACUUCUGCGGUCGCGUCGUGAGCACCGGGCCGAGCGCCGCGCAUUUCAAACCGGGUCAACUCGUCUAUGGGUCGCAUAGUCGUCCAAUGAAAUUUGGCUCUCUGGGCGAGUAUCUUUCUAUCCCGGCUUUAUUUGUUUCGCCUCUCCCAGAGGGCGUGGAAAUAGACCAGGCUGCUGGUAUUGGCAUCGCUGGCCAGUCGGCGUACCAGUCACUUCUUGGAUACGUGAAGGAAGGCGAUAAAGUCUUCAUCAAUGGUGGCUCGGGGGGCUGCGGGUUGUUUGCAAUUCAGAUUGCUAAGAACAUGGGCUGUCAUGUUACUGUGACCUGCUCGACGCGGAAUGUCGAGCUCUGUUACCGAAUGGGCGCUGACAAAGUGGUCGACUACGCUGCUGAGGAAGACCUCGUGGCCGGAAUCAAGCGGCAGGGUGUGAUUUACGACCAUAUAAUUGAUCAUAUCGGUCUUCCUUCUCCGUUAUACUUCCAGUGUCAUCAUUUCCUGAAACCUGAUGGUGUGUUUGUGCAGGUCGGCGCAUCGUCUAUGCUUACUUUUGCUGGCCGUCUGGCUUGGCCUUCGAUCCUGGGUGGUGGGAAGAGGAAAUAUGUGAUCUUCUUCUUUACGAAUACAGGGCAGCACCUCACUAAACUCGGCGAGAUGAUGGAGGAAGGUAAUCUACAGACACAGGUGGAUAGUGUUUAUGAAUUCGAGGACACGGUUCAGGCUUUCGAGAAACUCCGCUCGGGGCGAGCGAGGGGGAAGAUUAUUGUUCAUGUGGCGAAACCGCAGGCCCAUUGGCAUCAGGAGAUGGGUUUAUUUUGA